GAACACCCCGCAAGGUACGGUGCGCCGUACCGUAGCAUUCCUUGCCCACCCCCCCUUGACGCACGCCAAAAGCGAACCCGCCAGGAUGCACCAACGACACCGGCAUGCGGAUCACGACGUCCGGACCGAUGUGGAAGUCGGCACCCGGCCAUUGGCCAAGGGCGAGGACCCGAGCUGCGGUCCACGGACGGCCGUUCGGAGAGUCGUAGUCCGACGAAAACGCAAAACGCGACACCAAUGGCGUUCUCGGGAUUUCCGCAGACCCUUCGCGGCGUCUUUGGUACUAUUGUUGGUAUGCCUCAUUCUCUGGACCAUCGGAUGGCGGCGACGACGAACGGUAGUGUUCGAACGCUCGCUGGUACCGACUGAUCCGAUCCAUAUUUCGCCGGAUAUUAAAGUGUCCGUCGUCAUUAUGAAUCACAGUCGACCGCGGAUGGUGCGAGAAAGUAAUCUGGUACAAACUUUGGCGGCGCACGAUUCGAUUGACGAAAUACUCUUGUGUCACUCGAACCCGGUCACGGCGUUCGAAUACCCACACGACAAGGUCAGGAACUUGAACGCCACGGAAGCGAACGAACGAAUGGGUCUCAGUCUGCGCUUUCAUUACUGCUCAACGGCUCGCAACGAUUGGGUCAUUCACGUGGAUGACGACCAGGAACUUUCCAGUGACGCCAUCAAUCAGUUGAUAUCUACCUUUGCCCGGAAUCCCCACCGUGUCGUCGGAAAGUUUGGCCGAGCCUAUCACUAUUGGAAGGCACCGCAACGACACGGAUACGAUACCAAGAAUGUGCUGGGCCCCAGCGAGGUCAUAUUGACCAAGUUCAUGAUCGUGGAAAGAAAGGUGUGCGAAUCGUUCUUCCAGUACCAACACGUGGUACAGGAUAUGGUAUCCGAAUCACGUCCUUUGUGGAACGGGGAGGAUAUUUUCUUGUCGCUGACCGCCAAUCACGUCUACAACGUUCCACUUCAAGGGCCUUACGGUAAUUUGGCAUUGCCCUUGGAUGUAUGGGAGGCCAGCGACUCGUUCAAAGACGAUGAUACGGGAGCGCAUGAUGUUUCGGGGAAUAUGGAUCGCCAUCGCAUAUGGAAUGUAGGGUUAGUGAACUGGUGGAACGCCUUUUACCGUGCACAGUGCCACGCGGCCUACCGCGGGCGACUGUGGUAUACUGCCAAGCAACGUCUAGCCGCGAUUGAGGAUACCACUCUUUCCUAG